UGUGGUUGUGAUUUUAUAUUGUUGUAUUGAGUAAUUUUUAUAAUUAGGAAUCAACGAAUACGUACACAGUGAUUUUACCUUUUCAAAAAUGAAAGCAGCAGCAAUGUCGGUUUGGGUUUUCAUUAACCUUCUUUGCUUCGGUAUGUGUGGUUACUUGUAUCUUAUCUGGUCACAAUACUGGAUGUAUAUAGAGAAACAAAGACUGUUUAACAAAAUACCGGGGAAUUCGCAAAAAACCACGUUAAAGUACCAGAAUACGUAUUUGGAUAAUUUUAAUUUGAAGGUGGCAUCUAAUCACACAACAUUGCAAAUUGAUUCAGUACGAAAAAACAGGAGGUCAGCUGUUGGCGCUGUUUGGAGUAGCGGCUCUUUGACUCAAGGGUCCAACAAGCCUUCCGGAUCUUUAGUCCGUCCAUCUACUCAUAUAAUCAGGAAGAGUCAAGGAAGACCGCGAUUUCCAAAUAUACAUAAACCGAUAUUGGAGUUUGACAGUGACAAAUACGUUUGUGAUGAUUACAUGACGCAGGAUUGUGAAGCACAGACGGCUGAGUAUAAAGAGUUACUGCUUAAGGAAUUUCACAGGGUGUUAAUGAGUGAUAGCAAAGUUUUUAAAUCUGGUUUAGACUCUCAGAAUCCUUAUAAUGUGAAAUAUAUAGGUGGCGAGCGAAGAGAAAAGAGCAGGCAGGAAGUGUUAUGUUCUCUUAAAGGUGUGGAAGUAAGGACAGUGACAGCCCAAGAUGAACCUUUCGCGAGUCUCGGCUUUCGCAUACCUAAGAAUCCAUUACAUCAGGAUCGCGCCUUUAACACGUGCGCGGUAGUUACCAGUGCCGGAGCAUUGUUGGGAUCACGUUUAGGAGAAUUUAUAGAUUCACACGAUAUGGUGUUGAGGUUCAAUAACGCGCCUACAAUAAAUUUUACCGAGGAUGUCGGUGCCAAAACCACAUACAGGAUACUUAAUUCACAGAUCGUUACGAAGCAACAAUUCAAGUUUUUAGAGGACCCGCUGUAUAAAGAUGUUUCUGUACUUAUAUGGGACCCUGCGAAUUAUUCGUCAACAUUAGAAGAGUGGUACAGUCAUCCUGAUUUUCCACUAUUCCCUGUAUAUAAACGAUUACUCGAGCUACGGCCCGGUGCAGAUGUUCAUUUACUCAGACCGGAAGUAUUGUGGGAUCUCUGGGCGGUCCUGCAAGAUUCUUCACAAUAUCGCUUACGGAGAAAUCCUCCGUCAUCAGGAUUUAUAGGAGUAUGGUUUGCUCUACAUCGGUGUGCUCAUGUACGAGUGUUCGAAUAUGUACCCUCGGUGAGGGCUACUCGCCGCUGCCACUACCACAUCGCCCGUGACGACACUGCCUGUACCCUUGGAGCCUGGCAUCCUCUGGCCCAGGAGAAAGCUCUCGCCGAACGCAUCCGCAGUAAUUCAGACUUAGACGUAUUUCAAAGAGGUUUCAUUGACAUAAACGGUCUUAGACAAAUUAAAUGUUAACAACGUAUAUAUUAAUAUCUGUCAAAAAAUAAUUUUCAGUUUAGAAUUGCUCGGUUGUUUGUAUGUUAGUAAUGAAAAGUUGUAGGCUUCACACAAUUAUUACAGAUAUUAUGUUAAAUUACACAA